AUGACGGAUGGCACAGGGGCCGCAGAGAGCCUCAUGGAGGCCAGGCGCGUUUACAGCGAGCAGGCCACCUUGGUACAGGGCCCAGCGUACGCCGCCUCACAGCAGUUGUUCUUCGAGCAGCGCAGGGUUGCCAAGCGCGGCCCCCCGACACCGGCCUUUUCCUCAACGGGGCUGGCCACCCCAACCGGAGACACCUUUGGCCCAACGGCUCCAACCGCCUCAGGGAGUACUCCGCCGGCAAAGCAAGACACUGGUCUUUUCCAGCCCAUGCACUACCAGCAGGAGACGGCCUUUGUAGCCACAGCCCACUCCGCCGGUGUCAACGCAAACAACCCGACAGAUAUGGCCCUAUGGAUGAAGGAAACGAUUUCCACCAGGGCGCAAGUCCUGGACACCAUCCGGCAUUACCACACCGCCGUGAUCCGUCCUGAACUCUACAAUUUGAUCAACCAAGUUGAGGCAGCAUUGGUCUCGCUGGACGAUAGACUACUACGCCAAUCCAAGGAGUUAGCCUGGAUGGCUUCAGAGAACAGAGCCCUCCAAAAGCAAAGUGCUGCACUCAUGGUCAUUUUGACCGGCUGGGAUACGAGCAUGUCGCCCUCCGAACGGCUCUUCAUGGUCAAUUGGAUGCUCGAGCAGAUCACCCACGUCCAGGCCUUCUUGCAGCAGAGGGGGUGGGCCAACUUCGACGGCGAGUACAAGUACCUCAAUGUCCUCUCGGCAGACCCGUCUACUCCGCCGGCAGGGGCACAGAAGUGGAGCUCGGUAACGCUACUCAGCUUCAAAUCCUGGGACCUGAGAAAGGCGUUCAUGGAGGCAUAUGGUGGCACUCAGGGUACCCCACUGUACAAGGAUGCGCGCACUCCAGUACCCCGCCACCAUAUCAGGGCUACACCUUCGAGCCCCCAAUUCCAACGAAAGUUGGAAAUUCCAAUCCGAGUACUCCUCCAAGCCCUCAACCUCAAGGAGGAGACCGAGCCCCGCCAGGUGGUGAUCUUGUGGAAGACGCUCACGGUGAUGUCGCCCCAACUGGCGCGCGGUUUUGAUGAGCAAGCCACCGCCUGCGCUCGCCUCCACUACUACGCCGAGGGGGAGCAGUUCAAAGGCAUCCUCGAGAUCACAAAGGUCAUCUCCGACUGGCUUGCAACCACUCCGCCCGAUGAGUUGAUGACAGAGGAGGACACGAUUUGGUCCUACAGCUGGAACAAGAUCGUCUUCGGGGUCCAGCAGGAGAUGGAUGCAGCAGAGCGCGACCACUUCGCCAACGCCAAGGCUGCAGCAAAGGGCACGGGCAAGGGGAUGCUUGCUGGAAAGGGGUCCCGUCACUGGACGGCCCCGAUGAUCUACUCCGCCAGCUCGAUGCCGUACCCGAUCGACCUCGAGAUCAGACUGGUGUCCCAAGUGGCCUACGUUUGGGAUGAGUAUUGUGAUAAGUUUGGCGAAAACAGCCGCAAAUGCGGCGACUACCGCCAGGCUACUUUUUCCGGAGCCCCGGUUGCGGCUACUCCGCUUCUCACGGUUUGGGUGCCCGCUCUAGACGCCUUCGACGGCAGCUUUUCCGCCGUUGGCGCAGGAGCGUGGGUGGGCCUAUAUUACCAGAAGCGUCGGGCAGCGCACUGGCACUGGACCGUUUGGUCACCAGAUCCAAAUGGUUACCUACGGUUCAACAAUGCCAAGCAGUUCAUAGCACAGGAUUUGUUAGUGACCAUUAUCUUCUAG